AUGGCGGCCGAGGAAAUGUGGAGAGAGGAUCUGAUAGUAUCCACUGAAGACAAUUCAAAUCGGACUACAGUGAAUUUGGACUCAGUGAUUCGGUCGAACCUGGCGAACGCUUGCGUGCCAAGAAUGGACGAAACGUCAUGUGAAAAGAACAUCUGCUAUAACGUCUAUUUCAGAACCAUGGACGGAUCAUGCAAUAAUCUGCGAAAUCCACUGAGAGGUGCAGCUUAUCGACCAUACACUCGGUUGCUGCCAACCGUAUACGACAACGGACUCUCUGAACCAGUAGGUUCGUUGUUCCCCGAACUACGGCCGUCGCCUCGAGUGAUCACUCGCCAGCUCACCUCGUCUCAUGCGUCCGUCGUUUCCGACGAGUACAACGCGUUGGUGAUGCAGUUCGGACAGUUCAUCUCUCACGACAUCGCUAAGAAAACGUACAUGUUCAGACUGGAUAAGACCAGAACACACUACUCAUUCAACGCAGCCUCUGACACAGGAGAUGAACUGUUUCUCGGUAAACUGGGCAGUAGAACAGUCGGCGGCGUCUGCGUUUUUGUCAACACAAGUUUAGCCGUGAUCAUCGAACCAUUCGAGCAACCCGAAUUAGAUCCCUACUAUUGA